GCCAUGACAGCAGUGUAACCUGAGCUGCCAGUCAGGUAGGACAGGUAACCAAGCUUGAACGGACGAUUCGAGGAGCAGGUGCGUGAGCAGGAAGGACAAAAGUGAAAGAAAGUAGGAGGAAAGAGGGAGCUAGAAACCUGGAAACACUGACGGCAAUGGAUUGUGAAAGAUAGAAAAAAAAAACAAACAAACAACUAUCCAAGCUGGAGGACGACAAAGAGACUCAGGCCCUCGAGGCCAACGUGGACAUGGAUGAUGGGACGUUCACGACCAUCUCUCUGGCAGACGACUCAGCCGACAGAGGAUCUGCAGCCCUGUAUACUAAACAGGAAGACGAGCUUUUCAUCAUGAACUGCGACAUAGAUGGAGACCUGGAGAACCAGGCUGAGAUGGAGGAGAAAACGAGGUUGAUAAACCAGGUUUUGGAGCUGCAGCACACACUGGAAGAUCUGUCGGCUCGAGUCGACGCGGUCAAAGAGGAGAACCUGAAGUUGAAGUCGGAGAAUCAGGUGCUCGGUCAGUACAUCGAGAACCUCAUGUCGGCCUCCAGCGUCUUCCAGACCACCGACACCAAGAGCAAGCGGAAGUGAAGCGGAGUCAAGCAGAAGGUGGUGGUUGGAGAUCCCGUAACCAUUUACCUGAGUCAGAACUAAACAAAUGUAAAUAUGAAAAUAACGUCUGUAAAAUACUUUUUGUUUUCUUUUUUUAACCCACCGACAUCGGGACAUUUUGUUGUGCUUCAGUUUAAAGUGAAUGUUCUAAAAUGAGUUUGACGUCAAACAAGUUACCAGGAACCUUAUUAUCAGCGUUAAUUUAAUUAAUUUCUGUAUUUUCUGUUGUUGGACAGCUGGAUCUGGUACUUCAGUUGGUCUUGUAUUUCAUGAUGCUCAACUAUUUUCCUUUGCUUGCAGUUGAUUCGCUGACCAGUGUUGUGCAGAAUGAAAAAUGUGUAAUAACGGCAUGUAUUAACAUAUCUAAACAUAUCUAAAGAAAUGUCCCUACAUUUAGCAGAAAACUGGCUGAGGAAGUUUGCAGAGCGUGGCGUCAAUAAGGAAAGCGCAGAGGCUAAAAGCUUACAUCAUCAGUUAUGUUUUCAUUGCAACUAAAAUUUUGUUUAGGUAUUUCAAGAUGGAAAUGCAACCGAGAUUUGGUUCCUUGUUCCUCUAAUAGUGAUGGAGGGAACAUAACGGGUCGAGUAACACGAUGAUGAGGGAAGAAAGAGAUACUUUCAGAGCAGCAGCAAGACGGGCUGAGUGCUAUUGAUCCGAUCGGUUUGGCCUGGGAUGUAUCGCCUGCUAGGAGACGGGCGUUAAAACGCAUCAUCAGUGUGCAGCGGCAGACAGGGCGUGUCCGAGCCGUCCGCCGCCUCAGAGAAAAGGGGAGUUGAAAAGAUUAAUGUGAAUGAAAACUGGAUUUUGAUGCUGCUUCAAAAUUGUGGAUGAACACGGUGCUGUACAAAAAACAGCUUCAAUCACAUUUAAUGUAUUUUAAUCGGAUUGUAUAUGUGAUAGACCAUAGAGGACAGCAGCCAUUAUUUGUUAUGUUAAACAUUAUGUGUUUUUCAGAUGUGUAACAUUUUGUAAACCAUGAACUGUUUUUCUUUCAUGUCCGACUUUGUCAGUUUAUCGAGCCAAAAGUCAAAGUUCAAAUGGGUAUGUUGUGGCUUUUUUCAAGGUUAUCUUUUAUACUUUCAGCAGUUAUGUGUCAUGCUAAUGUCCUCCUUUUUACACACUAGCUGGUCAUGCCUUGUGUCCAGAUUUGCCUUUAAAUGUUUUUUUUUGUUUCAUAAAAUCUCACAGUUACCACUCCAAGUCUUAUCACCUGCACAGACCUACUACAGUAAAAUAAAAAUAUUUCCCAAAACAGA